AAAAUGACAGCAAAGGGACUCCUCUUAAUUCUGUGUAUUCUUUUACCAUUUAACCAUAUCCAAGGUAACGUUGACCAAAACUGGAUGGAAGGAAUUGAAAACCGCUUGCUCGAUUUAGAAGAAGCCAACAAGGCACUAAAGAAUGAAAACUCCAAUCUCAAAGGAGAAAUUAAGGAAAUUAAAGGACUGUUGAAAAAAAUUCAACGGGAAAAUACCGCUUUAAAAUUGAAUUUCAAAGACCUAAAAAAAACAAUUGAAACUGAUGUACUGAAUGAUGAAAAUCAGCUAAGUUCUCCUGAAGAAGCUCAAAGCAAGAAAAACGGAAGAAUAAAUGAAACCAAUCGGAAUGGGACAAUGAAAAAUGAAAAUGACAUAAAUGAUACACUCUUAGUCGAAACAAGCAAAAAUGUUGUGCCCAGAAUCAUUUAUCCAACAUCAGUUUCAGCUACACAGCCUGUGGCAUUCUAUGCCUACAUGAAUUCCUUUUCCCAACCUAAUAUCCCCGCCCACGUGACCCUAACAUUCGACACAGUGAUAAUAAAUGAAGGAAAUGGAUAUAAUAAACACGAUGGAGUUUUUAUUGUGCCCACGAAUGGAAUCUAUGCAUUUCAUUGGUCAUUGAAAGUAGAUGCCCAUUCAUGGGCAAGUGUCGAAAUAAUUGUAAAUGGGAAUGCAAUUGGAUGCGCAUCUUCUGACACACUACGAAUCGGUGAUUGGGGAACUGGGAGUGAGUUGGUUGUCACUCAUGCAAAUGUAGGAGACCAUGUAUUCGUGCGCACGCAUGAACCUGUAACAGGAUCUAUUAUCAGUAAUAACCGCGCGCGUUCUUCAUUUUCUGGAUGGCUUAUGCAUUCAUAA